GAUGCUCACUGUGGGAUUACGGAGAGGUGCUGAGGUGAUUUGUUGUUAAGACUUCCACACUGUCCCAGCACUUUUCUAAUAUAACGUCCUCGACAUGAAGACUGUCCUCGCCGCGCUGAUCCUGUUCACCGCUGUGCUUCACACUGUGUUGUCUUGUCCGAUGUGUGAAGGCGAGGGCUUGAAGUGUUACACCUGUGUGUCUAAUAACCCGGAGGAGUGUUUCCGGCAGGGCUCGACUGUGUGUCCUGCUCAUGCAGAUGCCUGCUCUACCAUCACAGGACCCAACUCUGUGAUGAAGUCAUGCGCUUACAAGUCCUUCUGUGACAAGUCUCACAUGAGCAAUGGUGAGGUGAAGCUGGAAUGCUGCUUCAAUGAUGACUGCAACGGCCCUCACCAGUCCCAUAGCCAUGGGGAGCACCACAACACCUCCAUCAGCCUGAGCUCCAGCCCCGUCCUGCUGCUGGGGGUCCUGCUGCUCAGACUGGCUCUCAGUUCCCUGUAAUCACAGAAACCUCUAGUCAUACAUGUCAAAUAAAUAAAUCAAUAAACGAUGGAGUGAAGGCGUUUAUGUAACUGAUAGAUAAGCUUUUGUCUGUUGAGUACGGCAGCAUAAUCUGUGUGUGUUCUUGCUGUUACUCAGCCCCUUGAUAGCACACGUACAUCACAGAGAUGUCUGUAUUACGUCUGCAUCUACAAUAAGUAAUUUUAAGUGCGUUUGCUCAUCUGCAAUAUGUCUAUUGGACGAUUCCUAUUAGAUGUCAAAUAGAUGUUUAGAAAAGGUAUGUUUAUGAUUUCAAAGGAAUGUAAAACUGACAUCUUAAAGACGUCUAUCAGAAGUUUGUACACAGCAGAUGCUAAGUGAUCUUCAACAGACAUCUUGCAGAAGUAUGUGUGCUAUCUGGACCUAAAGUAGUUUAAUAAAGACUGCUUAGAUUUGGUGUUGACCUGUUUUAUUUUUUGUUGUAUAUGAGCUCAAAUGAGCAUCUGCUAAACUAAUGAAUACAUCAAUAAACGACCAGUUAAGUAUG